AUGGCUAACGAAGAAUACGUAACAGAUUCGAGUUCGGAUUUCACAGAAUAUUGGAUUGAUUCGUUUUUAGGGAUCAAGGGGAAUGAAUACUUUUGUGACAUCGAUGAUGAAUACAUACGCGAUCGCUUCAACUUGACAGGCCUAAAUCAAGAAGUGUCGAAAUUACCAACAUUGAUAGAUAUCAUUACAGAUGUCAUCGACAUAGAUUCGCAGCCAGAAGAACACCGAGACACGCUAGAACACAACGCUCGUAUAUUGUACGGGCUUAUCCAUGCAAGAUAUAUCCUUACUACUCGAGGCUUGAACAAAAUGUUUGAAAAGUUUAGAAACGGCGAUUUUGGAUACUGUCCCCGUGUACACUGCCAACUAAACCCCCUUCUCCCUAUUGGCUUGAAUGACCAGCCGCGGAUGGCUAGCGUCAAAUUGUAUUGUUCAAAAUGCGAAGAUUUGUAUAACCCCAAAUCAGGACGUCAUUCUGUGAUUGAUGGUGCUUACUUUGGAACAUCCUUCCCUGCAAUGUUUUUCCAAAACUUCCCCAACAUGAUCCCUAUCCAUCUGAAGGAAACAUAUGUUCCAAGAGUGUUUGGUUUCAAGUUGCACGAAUAUUCAAAGCUUAAUAGAUGGAGAGAGUUGCAGCGGUUGAAGUUGGAAAAGAGACUUACAAAAAAUGGAAUACAGAUUGAUAAUGUUGUUGGUGGGUUUUUGAUGGACAAUGCAAACGGAAAUGCAAAUAGUGCUUUUGCAGAUGAGCAGAGUGAAUCUGUUGGAAAUCCAAAAAAGCACACAAUGCAGACGCAAAAUGUCAAAUAA